AUGCCGAUCAAGAAAAAAGCCGGUACCCGAAAGCGCGACAAUGAGGCGGACCUUGCCGAGCUCGAAAGGCUCCGGAAACAAGUUGCUGAACAGAGCAAGGCGCUAGAAGCUGAAGAGGCCCGCAGGGAGGAAGAGAGCCAGGCCAAGCGCCAAAUCAGCAGCCGGCGCCAACGGACACUGGUUCGCUGGGAUGUGGAUACCGACAUUCGGCUUCUGUUGGCCAUCCAGUAUGCCUGCAAUAAGCUCAGCGUGAAGAUUCCCUGGAAGGAGGUCGCGGAAGUUAUGGGAGAGAAGUUCACGGAGGGUGCGAUCGUUCAGCAUUUGUCUAAGCUUCGCGCCAAGCGGGAGGAGCAGGAUAAGCCAAAUCCGCCUCCACUGAAACGUGCAGCGAGUUGCUAUAACAAGAACGACGCAAACAAGAAGGAGGCGUUGUCUCCUCCAAAGGACGAACCACCGAGCACUCGCAGCGGAAAGCGCCGACGCCGUUCGCCGUCCGUUGAGGAAUCCGACGACGAUGUGUACCCCAUCAAGAAGAAACAGCCUACAAAGAACAAGAAGAAGGACAAGGUCUCCGCUGCUCCUAAGCUGCGUGGAGAGCGAGAACAAUCCGAGAGCGGUGACUCCCGGAAGCUGCUGUGUGUUGGAGCGGAAUGGCUGCGUGACUUCGCUGGCGACGACUGUGAGAUUGACGACGAAUCGGCUAGUUCUGAAGAGAACGAGAACGAGGACUCAACUGAAAGCAGCCACGUCACUGCUCAAGCGGCUAAGAAAUCAAAGAUCGUGACACUCAAGCUAGGCCGAGAGCGCCUGGCAAGUGUUGACCGCUACCUUGGUGGCUCUGCAACUUUCCGGGAGCCUAUGGCCUCAACCAACCCGUUGCGCGCUAUCACCAACAUGCCACCCCGUCAGCCAUCCUACCGCACUUACAUGCACUCCGUUGGGCCUUUUUCGCCUGACCCCACCACUUUGUUUGGGAACAACAUCUCUUACCCAUCCAGUGGCCCAAGCCCAUUUGACAUUCCGAUUUCUGACGCUGAUCUUGCUGGAGCCUGUGCUUUUGAUGAUGUGGAUCUCACAGCACCGUAUUCACAGUUUGAUAUCCCCUCCGAAUUGCAAUUUGACCCAAUGUGCAGCUACCUCAAUACCAGUGGUUUUGACAACCAGUUCAUUCCCGACGAUGAACUGUUUGCGUCCGUUCCUGACGUAGAGCCUCCUCGGUACUAUGGGUACGGGGGUGAAGAGGUCCAGGAAUUUUAA